ACCGCAGAUCAGACACGAGCUAGAACAAAAGGGGGAACGAAGCAGCUGCCAUUCGGCGUAACAGCUGCUCCUCCACGAUGGGAGACCCAAAUGCAGUACGACGAACCUGAAGAGCUACUUCUCGUCAUUAACCCUGUCUCUUCUUUUUCUUCUCUUUCUGCAGGCGGUGGAAACAAACCUGGCCUCUAAAGACAGCCACUGGGUGUUUGUGAACGAGGAAAUCAGUGACACAGAGAUCCUGGAGCUUACCCACAGUGCCCUGGGGCGCAUGACGGUGAUCCGGCAGAUCUUCCCCAUGUGGAGGGACAGCAGCACCCGCUGUAUGAGACACAACCACCGGAUCUCCUCGCUGCUGUGUGACCCGCAGGAAGGAUACCUGCAGAACCUGGAGGUGUCCAACCUCUACCUGUACGACAGCGUGCUGAUGCUGGCCAAUGCCUUCUACAGGAAGCUGGAGGACAGAAAGUGGCACAGCAUGGCCAGCCUCAACUGCAUCAGGAAGUCCACCAAGCCGUGGAACGGAGGUUGGUCCAUGCUGGAGACAAUCCAGAAGGGCAACAUCACAGGUCUGACAGGUACGAUGGAUUUUAAGGACAGCGGCUCCAACUCUCACGUUCAGUUCGAGAUCCUCGGCUCCAGCUUCAGCGAGACCUUCGGCAAGGACAUCAAGAGGCUCGCCACGUGGGACUCAAUCCACGGACUGAACGGCAGUCUGAAGGAGAGUCGGAUAGAGAACGGCAUGCAGGGAGUAACGGUCAAAGUGGUCACAUUACUGGAGGAUCCCUUUGUCAUGGUGGCAGAGAACAUCCUGGGGCAGCCGAAGAGAUAUAAAGGCUUCUCCAUCGACGUCCUGGACGCCCUCGCCAAGAUCCUGGGCUUCAAAUAUGAGAUCUACCAGGUGGCAGACAGUAAAUAUGGAUCGCAACUUCCCAACGGCUCAUGGAACGGCAUGAUUGGUGAUCUCAUUAACAAGAGAGCCGACCUGGCUGUGUCUGCCAUCACCAUCACACCAGAGCGGGAAAACGUGGUUGACUUCAGCAAGCGCUACCUGGACUACAGCGUCGGCAUCCUGCUGCGGAAACCUGAAGAAAAGAUCAACAUUUUCUCUCUGUUUGCGCCUUUCGACCUCGCCGUCUGGGCCUGCAUCGCUGCGGCAAUCCCCGUGGUGGGAGUGCUCAUCUUCCUGCUCAACCGGCUGCAAGCGCUGCGCUCCUCCUCUACCCAGAAUGCACCGCCGGGCCAGCCCACCAAUGGCAUGGGGUCGGGCACUCUGCACAGCGCCAUCUGGAUUGUGUACGGAGCGUUUGUGCAUCAAGGUGGGGACGGCGUGGUCGGCUCGGUGGCUCUAAGGAUCGUCAUGGGCAGCUGGUGGCUCUUCACGCUCAUCGUGUGUUCGUCGUACACCGCCAACCUGGCAGCAUACCUCACUGUGUCGCGCAUGGACCACGCUAUACGGUCAUUCCAGGACUUGGCGCGGCAGAUUGACGUGGACUACGGCACGGUGAGGGACUCGGCCGUCUACGACUACUUCAGGAAUAAAGGCACCAACCCUCUGGAGCAGGACAGCACCUACGCAGAGCUGUGGAGGACGAUCAGCAAGAACAACGGCAUGGACUACUCCGUGUCCAGCCCGUCUGAGGGCAUACGCAAGGCGAAGAAGAGUCCCUACGCCUUCCUGUGGGACAUGGCGGUGCUGGAGUACGCGGCCCUGACGGACGAUGACUGCACCAUCACUGUGUCAGGAAACAGCAUGAGCAGCAAAGGCUACGGCAUCGCUAUGCAGCACGGCAGUCCCUACAGAGACCUCUUCUCUCAGAAGAUCUUGGAGCUGCAGGAGAAAGGCGACCUAGACAUCAUGAAGCAGAAGUGGUGGCCUCGCACCGGCCGCUGUGACCUCAACAGCCACGCCAGUGCCCACCCGGAUGGCCGCUCCCUCAAGCUGCACAGCUUCGCCGGUGUCUUCUGCAUCCUGGCCGCCGGCCUGCUGCUGGCCUGCCUGGUGGCUGGGCUGGAGGCUUGGUGGAACAGCAACCGCUGCCGCCAGGAGCAGCCCAAAGAGGUUACUAAGGAUUACAGACUGGCAAGGGUUUCUGGUCCAUUGACAUAUAAUGACAUUACAACUGCUUCAUCGGAGGGGAGGAGGGACAUUUGGACAGACAGAGAGAGAGGCUGGGAUGAAGCAGAAGCUAUUGAUACAGGACAAGGAGGUGAAUCUGGAACAGGUGCAUCGUCGUAUGAACAGUCUUUUGGACGAGGACUUGGCCCACAAGCAGAUCCCCGGCCCCUCUAUCGAGAUCUCUGCGCUGGACAUCGGCAGCAUGCAGCCCAGCCAGGCGUCUCUGGUGCCGGGGCCGGAGUCCGUGCGGGACUACCCGCCCUCGGGCCUCGCUGUGACCACCUUCCUCCCCGGGGAGGGGGCGCCGCCUCCUCCUCUUCCCCACCCUCACCAUGGGGGGACCCUAGGCAGGACGCUACCCCCAUCCCAGGGCCCUGGCAGCAACACGUUGCCCCUGCACCACCCUCUCAGCAGCACCAGCCUCAGCGGCACCAUGCAGUGCAAACACAGGGCACCCAACGGGGGGCUCUUCCGGCAGAGCCCUGGCAAGACACCCAUGCCAAUGUCCUACCAGGCAGUCUCCGCAGGACCCAUACCCGAAGCCAUUGAGGCCACCCAUAGUACAUCUAUAUAGUGAUAUAGGAGGGGGGGGUGAUAGGACGGGGUCAAACUGCAUUAAGGAUGAGUCGCUCUCUGGACUUUGGUCCGGUUUUGGGUGCGAGGCGAGUUAGGAUCUCUAGAGGAAGAUUAGAGAAGGAAAAAAAAAAUAUAUGUACAAAGUAAAAAGAUUUUGUAUCUGACUACCUGUUCAGAAAAGCCGAUGUUACAAAAAAACAAAACAAAAAAAAGCGGGGAGGCGGGCGGGUUGGCGGGUGUAAUUUUUCUCUUGUACAUAACUGUAAAUACCAAGAGAACGAAGUGAGGUUAAAGUGUAUUUUGAAUAUUCUCAAUUUUUGAAGUUGAGUUAUAAAAAACCAACAAAACGAGAUAAAAAAAAUAUAUAUAUACAUUGAUGAAAAAGUUAUGACUGUUUGAAUGGCUUUGUAAAUUUUGUUCAAUAUGAAACAAUGACGCGAAAUUCAUUGUGAUUGUUUUCUAAGUGCCGAAAUUAAACGAUGUCUCUCCACAACUCAUCGAUGUAAACGACUACCCAUGAUGCACUGCUGUAGGGACAUUUUAGUGUUGGACACCUACUGUUAUGCACCUCUGUACCAACCCUAUAUAUAUCUUCAGCAUCGGACGAAAAUGAUCACAAUUUUUUUUUUUCCAUUUGUAUUGAAUAUAUAAUAUACGUUGUUUUUUCAAAUCAAUAGUCUACAUUCAUUUUCUUACGUUGACUGUAUAUUGUGAAUCAUUCAACGAUAGGGGGGAAAAAAACUAGUGGUCUAAAACUAGUUUUAUCUGGUUCUUAUUUUACACACGGCUGAGUGGUUUGUUUUUAUAGUACCUUUUUAUUUGUCAUCAGUAAUGUCCAGGUGAAGAGUUUCAGUUUGUAAAGGGAGGACAGACAGAACAAGAGGAGAGGAAGUAGAGACUGUCAGGCUGUGAUCACACCUACUGUCGACCCUCAAACGCAAACGAUGGUUGGGCUCAAUGCGAGGUUGGGUCUAAUGAACAGGUUUUGAAUUAAGAGGCAAUACAAAUUCGUUAUAUGUCCUCUAGCAUCACUAGCAGAUUGACAUUUUUGGUUAGCAACCACGACUGCUGAAAGUUUAGAUCCCAACUUUCUUCCAUCUUACCAUAUGGUUUUCAUUAUAGUGAGCAUUCCAGCCUUACCGAAUGCCUCACUUUUUGAUUCCUGAAUGUCGGAACCAAAAUGCAUUGACUUUUGGGGUUACACUUGCUACACAGCAUUCACUCAGCAGAUAUAGAUGGGUUAGUAUUGUAUCGAUAUAGGUAUAUAAAUCAAGAACUACUUAUUACUCUUUCUCUCAGACAAAAAGUUCAUUUACCAGUACAAUAAAUGAAUUAAUGAAUCACAUUCAAAUAAUGACUGAGUGCCCAAAGCGUGUUAUAGUUCUUGAGAAAUGAGAAACUGGUACCAAUUUAAGACCAGGUCUUGGUACGCAAACCUACUCUAAACUACCUUCAUAGGUAACUAAAAAAAAAUGGCUGAAUAUCAUCGACAGCCCACAGUCAAUAUUGUUCUUUUUUCGAGUGACUUGGCUCGAGAGAUGGCAAUGUUUGUCUGUCAGUUGGUUAAACUAUUGGACAGACAGCCAUGAAACUGGGUACAAACAUUCAUGAUUCCCAGGCAAUGUCGAGUUUUCCUCUGGCACCAGGACAUUUUCCGUUACUAACCACGACUGCUGAAAGUUUGGAUCCCAACAUUCGUCCACCAUUUGGUAAGAUUACAGACUGUUCAAUUCCACUUAUUAAUUCCUGAACGUUGGAACCAAAAUCCAUUGACUUUUGCGGUUACACUCAGAUUUUCUCAGAUAGAGAUUGGUAUCUUCAGUAAUGUAUCAAUAAGUAUUAUUAACAAUUCUUAAACCUUCUUAAGGAAGGAAAACGUUCAGUUACCAGUAAUAUAUAAUAGUAAUAUUCUGAUAAAGAGAGUUUUGGUAUUACAGUGCCCACCAAACUGGUACCAAUUUAAGACCUGGUUUUGGUAGACAACCCUACUCUCAAACUGCCUUCUUUAGCUCAAAAAUAGCUGAAUGUGAGUCAGUUUACAGUUCAUUGUGUUCUUUUUGGCUUUCCAAUCUCCUGUUUUCUGAAGGGUUUUUCAAAUUGAGAUGAGAUGUAACGAGCUUGGGCUUGAGGGAAUUGCAUGAGUGGAGGGCUUGUCACACAGUGAACCAAACAUUUUUGGCAUCAAGCCACUGGUCUCAAUAACACAAAUGUCCACAACAAAGCACAUUUGUCCGUUGUUUUGCUGCUCAUCUCAAUCAAAUGCUGAACAUACAGUUGGUGGUGUAAACGCAGCCUCAGAGUCUCUGACCUUUUUCUUUGUUAUAUUUAACCUGAAAAAAAACGUCUCGUAGAAAGAACUAUCAGAUAUAUAGAUAUGUCUUUAAUUUUUUAUACUAGAGAAUUUAAUGUCAAACACUUGUAUACAGGUUUUUCUCCUGCAAAGCAGUUAUUUUAAUCACAAAGAGAGAGAGUCACAGCGAAAAGCCUCAUAUUCCCACAAGUCAUUCCUAAUGAGAUCCAUUAUCACCUGCAGGGAUGACAGAGGGCGUCAUUAUCCAAAGUGCAAUCAGAGGCUCAUAAUCGUGGAGAUUCUGCAGGUGUCAUACCUCAACUGCUUGUAAUAUAAAGGAAAUCUGAUUAUGUUUGCUAAACACUGGAUUGUUUUUCUCUAUGGAAUACUAUAUGAUGAACCUUUAUGGAAAACUAUUUUCAACAAACCACACACAACACCCCUCCGAUUGCUGUCAUAAGUGCAAUUAAUGUGCAUUUAUGGGCCUAAUAAGUUUGGAAUUAAUUUUAAUUUGCCAGACAUUGUUGCUGUUAAUCACACACAGUAGAGUUUUCAGUCUAUGAGCAGUCAGACAGAAACAGACCAGCUCACCGUUGAAGGGUUUCCACUCCAAAAAGUGUUUUAUGUCGGCAAAGGAAGUGGAGGGACAUUAACUUGUCAGUAUGAAGAGCUUUAUUCCGAAAAUUCAUUUUAUAGACUGAACACCAAAUCUCAUGUUAUUGAUGAUCAGUUAGAUGGUGAAUUUAAUGCUUGAAAUGGUGAUCUGACAGAUGUCUUGCUUAAAUCUUAAAUUGAACAGCAACUACCAGUGCUUACUGACUUUAUCCAAAAUUCAGUCCCUCCAGGAACAGUUCCCACACAUUCAACCUUGCAAGUUUGUCCAAUCACAGCAACUUUUUCGCAAAUUUGACUGUAGUUUCUUGUGCAAAAUGUUGAGCCGUACAUCACCAAACUCACUUCCUCCUUUCUCAUUUUGGAGAUGAAGACCAUCCAGACAUGUGCGACAUGAACCUCUUACAUUUACCCUCCAAACAUUUUUAUUCUCACUGAAACAAGUUGCCUUUGAUUUGUAAUGAAUUAUACUGAAACUAUUUUUUUCUAUUUUGAUAUCAGGCAUUUUAGGCUGCAACAAUUCUCCCCAAAAAACCCAACAAAAUCCUUGAGGGACUUGCACGUUUCUAACUGUGUCGCCAGAAAAACGGCAAUGAUGGAUGAUUCUACAAAAGCAGGAUUAUGUUCAGUGACUUUUAUGUCUAAUGCCAACGUUUUUAAAACUGUUGGUUUCUACAAUAUCUGCACACGGCAGCUAGGUUAUGGUUAACAUUAGGGUGAGAUUGCGACUGUGGCAGAUUAACUAUAGUUAUGUUUAAGUAUAGACAACUAAACACUUGUUUAUGGUUAGCUCAGUUGGUGACCUCAAUGCUGAUUUGGUUUCCUAUACAAAUGGAAAACUUGGGACAGGUGAAACAAACCUUUUGAAACCAAUAUUUCAGGCCAGUCUCGCACUAAAGUGUAUAACAGACCCACCGAUCCACUAGAGGAUACUGUGUCAGUGUCACGUUUUGCCAUGCCUAGACAAGAAAAGUACAUGCAUGUAUAAUAAUAAAAUAAUAAUAAGAAUCCAUGUUAGAAGUCAUAAAAUCAUCAGAUUUAAAUAUUUCAACCAGAGGCCCUCCAAUAAAAGUAUGAAGGUUCAGUACCUGCAGGCAGUUCUGUAGUCAAGACCACUUUUGUCCCGUCCGAGACCAAGUCCAGACCCAUUUCCAAAGAGUCCAAGUAAAGUGAGAGACAGAAAAAUAGGCCAAUGGCAAUACUUGUUUAGAUUUGGAAUUAAACUACAUCAAGAACUAACAUCAAUGGUUUCGUUUUCUUUAGAAGAACAAAGUUACUUCAGAAAAGCAACAUUUAUUGCCGGACUUGGUCGAGACCAACUAGAAUAUCUGGCGAGACCAAUGGCCGACGAGUCUAAGACAAGUACAAGACAAUUUCGUAUGUAUGUAACUUACGAUCUUUUCCUAAAAGUGUAAGCAGAUAUUGCAUAUUUAUUAUUGCAUAUUUAUUAUUGCUAACUUGAUUGUGAAAUAAGAACGUGUUGAAAACAUGACACUGUCACGGUGGACCGGCGUGUGUAUUAAAAAAGUAUUUCCACUGUUAGCAUUAAUGUUGGCAUUGGACGUAAGUUAUUACAUAGAUGUCAUCCUUUGAGCCAAAAUUCACCCUAAAAAGAUGAAACCAGUUUGUUGAUUGUAGAACCAACAUACUUUUCUGUUACAUUAAGCCUGUGAUGUGAUUAAAGGUUUAAUGUUACUGUGGAUACAGAUGUUUAACAUGUGAUCAUUUCCCGAGCAGAAAUUACUCAUAAUUUAAUUUCCUCUAUCAGACAUAAACCAUGAAUAUAUCAAAUCUCUGCCAAAGGGGGUUAAUAAGCUAAUGUUCUGCUCCUGUGUGAAUACCGAUUCUCCAAUUACAUUAAAUCAAAUCUGCCAUGUGUGUCUGGAAAAUGGACAAGCAGAAGAAAAGCCAGACUUGAGUUCAGUGUUUCUGAACAUGCGUUGGAGGGUUUUUACCAGAUCAUCGACUCUGACGCAGCUCUCAUGUGAAAAGACUCUACAUGGAUGUUUUCUAACUGUCAGUAGUUGCUCUUGUGAACCGACUUACGUUUCUCACUGUGCUCCACAACACGACGGACGGACUAAGGACCCUGAGGUUUUGAUUGGUCAGCAGAGAGGACGUGAAUAGGAAGUGUGUGUGUGCUGGGGUGGCUCCAUGUGUCCCCCCUUUGUGUUAAAACUCCAGCGCCAAGUCAGAAGAUGAAAACGUACUGUCAUAGCAUAUAGUCUGUCACAGUCCAUCUAAGGGAGACCCUUAUUUUAUUUAUGAAUAUGCUGCUUGGAGUUUCUUAAUCUUUAAUAAAGAAAUAUGGUUUACAAA